AUGGGCUCUGCCCCCUCAUCCCAUCAACCUAUCAACAUCUCGGGAGGAGAAGCUUCAGGUGAAUUGUCUUCUUCUUCCUUUUGUUGUCAUCUUAAUCAUUCUGAAAAAUUGCAAAAUUUCGGUUCUGGCCUUGCACGAGAAGCACACACCUUUUCAUCGGAAAGAACAUUAAGACAAAAGAAGAAUUAUGAUUUACAUCAUCAAACCAUUCACGAGUCGUUUCUUCAGACUCAUUCACGACCGAGACCAUUGAAAACUUUCUCUUCUUUACCGAACGAAAUUCAAGUGAAUCGUUCGUAUCCAUCAUCUUAUCCUCUUAAAACCUGCCAUCAUGAAGAAGUCAAUGUAAAACUCAAAGAACCUCAACAAGUACAUCUAGACGUUAAACGUCCACAUUCUCUCAGUUUGCCCUCAUCUCCCGGUCUGUCCAUACCGUCCGACAAACAUGGACGAUUUCUAUCCCUAUCUUCUCAACAUGUAAAUUCUUCUUCCACCUUGAUCAUGGUAAAGGAGCGAAGCAAGAAUUCUUUGAACAAUUCAACACCUCCUCCCGUUUCAUUAUCAACAGUAUCUACAACCUCCCAACAACCCAAAGACUCCCCCAAAAACCAGUCGGACGAUUCAAACUCAAAAUCAGUAGUGCUUCCUCGUCCAACAAAACCACCCAUAUCGUAUUUACACCCCAAUUAUGUUUCAUCAGAUUCCAAUUCUUCUUUGCAUCGAAAGACAGUGGUUAGCAACCAUUUACCUCAAUUACGUCAACGCAGACGAGAAGGUCCUUUAUGGCAGGAAUGUGCCUCUGCUACCGCUUCACAUGUGAAUACCUUAAACUCUUCCUCCACUCACCCAUCUCAAACCUCUCAUUCCUUGUCAAGAUCAAGUAAUCAAGUAGCUUCGACUCGAAUUCCAGACGAUGUCAACCCACGUUCUUUUUCGCAGUUCAAAACAUUUCACAAUGAUUCACAACCUUUGCAAAACAGCGUUUCAGAUUCCUCAAUAGUGCAACAGCAUCAAAAAUCACACGCGGAUCGAACAACACCCUGCACGACACCUCCACCAGAAGUAAAUUUAGGUAAUGAUGAGUGUCGCAUUACAGUCACAGCACCUACAUUUCCCCCCAGCAUGACACCGAAGCACCGCCUCCACAAGAAACAUCAUCACAUUUCAAAGCGUUUAUUUCAACUCCAUACACGUCGACAGGAAUUAAUCAAUGACCAUCCAAUUUAUGCCCACUUCAAGAAUUUCAAAGAGGAGUCUUUGUCUGAGCAAUACGUGGACGAGUUCGAACAAGAGGUUAAACUGUAG